UGGUUUGAACAGGUAGAAUUUCAGAUAGGUUUAUUUUUAGAUAGCUUAUUUUGUGGACUUGGAAUAAUUUGAAAUAAUUUGAAGGGUGAUAUAAAUUUCAAUUUCAUUGAAAAUAUAAUUCAAAUUGUUAUCUUUUAUAUAAAUAUUUUAAAAUUAGUCGUUUCAGUAAAUUUACCGUUGGAUGGACAGAGUCUUUUGAUAAUUUGCCGCUCAUAUACAUAUUUUAAAAAGUAGCCGUUUUAAUAAAUUUACCGUUGCAUGAACAGAGUAUUUUUAAAAUUUACCGUUGAUAAUGUGUUCUAUAAAAUAUAUCAGUUUUGUAUAUCAAGAUGACAAAGUCUUUUAUUUUGAGAAGAGCAUUACAUUGUAUGUUGUGAAUUUUGUUUGUUCUGUGAUUUUUCUCCUUUGAAACUUUAAUUUAUAUUGUAUAUCAUUCUAAUAUUUUUUACUAUUUUACAUAUUGUAUGUACUGUAUUUUUUUGAAGUUAUGGAAGAUUUUCAAAUGUUUGAAGAAUCACAAAUGUUUCAGCACAACACUGAUAUUAAUUUUAUGUCGGGAACUUCACGAGAACAGAACACGCAGAGCAGUGAUAAUCAUUUCAUUUCAAAAAUUUCUCGUGUUUCUCGUGGUAAAGCAUUUACAAUUAUAGAAGAUGAAACUUUAUGUAGAUCUUGGUUAGCAGUCUCUCAAGAUCCCAUUACUGGUAAUAGUCAGACUAUAGUUAUAUUUUGGGAACGAGUACUUGUUAAUUUUAAUUCACAAUUGAGUAGUGAAUCAAAUCGAAACCGUAUUUCUUUGUCUCACCGUUGGUCUGUCAUGCAAAAGGCAAUUAAUAAAUUCUGUGAUUUUCUUGAACAAAUUCAACUGAGGCAACAAAGUGGAACAACUGAGGCAGACAUGGUCGCUGAAGCAAAGCGGAUGUAUCAUGCAAUACAGAAAAAACACUUCACAUUUGAUACAUGUUGGGAUAUUUUGCGCCGAAGUUGUAAGUGGGAUGAAUUUCGAACACAAUCCAAAAAGAGUACGCAACAUGCUUAUCCAUGUUCUAAUCCACCAACUGGAGAAUCUGAUGCAUUUCAAUCCAACCAAAAUAAUGUUCUGCACGAAGAACCAUCUAAUCCAUCAACACGACCAAUUGGUACUAAAGCAGCGAAAGAGAAGUUGAAGAAUCAAACAACCCACGAUAGUAGAUUUGAUGAAAUGGCUGCCAACCAAUCCAAAAUGGUUGAAGUGUUAUCAACUAUUUCUGCUAGAACUAUUGAGCGAGAUGAACAAAAGGCGAUCGACCGUAACCAGAAAGCUACAGACCAUCGAAGAAGGGCCGAAGAUAGGGAGGAACAACUAAAACUCCUAUCUAUGAUGAAUGAAAGAGAACAACGAAAUGAAGAUCAUAAAAUAAUGUCAAUGGACAUGACAAAUUUAAAUCCAAUGCAAAGGGCGUACUACAAAGAUCUUCAACGGCAGAUUUUAUUUCGAACAACUAAUAGAUUACCUUGA